AUGAACUCAAUUAUUACCAUUCUCCUAUCGAUACUGUUCUUUUUCAAUAUACCAUCUCGAUCAUUGCACAAGCAUAAUGCACAUAGUGAUAAAGAUAUCAUUUCGGCCUUAGUUAUGGCUGUAUCUACUGAACAGUCUUCAGUACAAACUCAACAACCGCACGCUGUUCCAGCUCUACUAAAAUUCUGGGGACAUCGAAAAAAGCGAAAUAACGCUUACGGUGACGAAGCGGUCCCUCCAACUGCAGGCCUCACACUUCCUAUGCCAGCACCUGCGGAACAAGCUCCAGCACAAGCUGGUCAACCAUAUGCCGCUAUAGUCCCAGCCCCAGUGGAAUCUAGUGGAUAUCGAAAAAAGCGAAAUAACGCUUACGGUGACGAAGCGGUCCCUCCAACUGCAGGCCUCACACUUCCUAUGCCAGCACCUGCGGAACAAGCUCCAGCACAAGCUGGUCAACCAUAUGCCGCUAUAGUCCCAGCCCCAGUGGAAUCUAGUGGAUAUCGAAAAAAGCGAAAUAACGCUUACGGAGAUGGGUCCUUCCUUCAGCUGCAGAAUUGGCAGUAA